UUCUAAUUAGGAAGCUAUUCCGCAUCCUAACUCAAAGUGACAAGGAUACAUCUCAUCCUAAAUAUUUUGAGUAAAAAGAUUCUCAACCAUGAACAAAUUUUCAAGUCAUAGCUUCCUGCAGAUAUGCGUAGUAUUCCUAUUGGUUUCUGUACAAUUGGAAACUUUUGCGAAAACUGCCAAUUUGAUUGACAUCUAUCGCCCAGAAGUUUUUGAAAUAGCCGUUUUGAAGAAUAGAAAACCCGUGAUUGUUUAUUACAGCAAAGGAUCUUGCACUUUGUGUGCACGGCUUCAAAUGAAACUGGAAAAAAUGGCAAAAGAAAACAGUGAGUCAUUCUACCUCGCCAGAGUUGAUUUAGACGCACUUCCAGAAUUGCAGGAAGCAUACGGUAUCAAAAGCAUUCCAACGACCAGAGCAUUCUACAAGGGGAGAAUGAUCGAGGAGGUCAAAGGUCUAAAGUGGAUUUCCAUGAGUGAAUUGGCUGACAAAGUUCUUCGUAUUUGAUUUGUCCGUGUUCCUACUGCUUCGUAUUGUAAUUGUGUAAAAAUUGAAUAACGUUUUCCAUGUUUCGCAAGCUGUAAACACAUUUACAGAUAUGUUCUAAUCCGAAUAAAUUGAAUAUCGGUGGGACAAACG